AUGGACCCCAGCCUCGAAGAGCGGUUGCGCCGAAUGAGCCGAGACGUAGGUUUCGACCCAUACAGUGACAUGCCAUUUCGCGAUCCGGCGCUUCGUGCUGAGGGUGGCAGCAGUGAUCCUGCCACCACCAGACUCGCCGGGCUGUAUUAUAUCAACAUCGUCACACACGAGUUGCACCAUUCAACACUUGCUACGUUGGUUGAGCAGGUGAAAAAACUUGAGCAGCUUCUGCCUCAGCUAAAGAGCCGUCUUGAGGACAACGCUUCUGAGACAAGUGGCAAGGAAAGUCUCAAGGAAAGCCCAAGCAAACAACCAAAGAGAAGUGCCAGGCGCAGCACAAGGAACCAACGUAGGCCCAGCGCUGCAAGCAGCUGGGUGAAGAUUGGUGAAGGUGUCACUUUGAAGAAGAAGCAGUUGGAGAAGAUUUGGAAGCAGCCAAGCCUCACCGCGACCAAGUUUGCCCGCCAACUCUGCAAAGCCGUAUUCACUCGUCAAGAGCUGCAAGGCAAAUGCCUGAAGAAAACGAGUCGCACCGGCAACAGAGAAGUCCUGGAUCCGAUUCGCCUGAAUGCCAUAAUUGGCUACACGUGUUCAAAGUUUAACACUGACAGACGCACCUUGAGACUCGCCAUCGCCUAUAUGCUGUGCCAUCUGAACGAGCGAACCACUCCACGAUCGUAUUAGCGACGUGCACAUCGGUAAUGCGACAAUGUAGCUGGCUUUUAGUUGCGUUUAUGCUCCAUGGCCAUAUCCAUUGUUCCUGUGUUCAUCUUGUAUUUAUUUUUGUUAAGGUGUACUCAUUACAUGCUUUUGUAAUAUCGCAUGUCACUUUUGUUGUUCCAGAGAGAGCAAACAACAGAUAUCAAACUGGUGUAUAGAAGACUCUUUUUAAUCUAGACACUAAUGUAUAAGGAAGCACAAUAUGCCAGUGUGAUUUUUGCGCCAACGAGUCUAUUUUCUUUGUAGUGCUUUUUUAAAAUUCUUUUUAUUGCUUUUGGAAGUGUAUCACAAUACUGUGUUUUCAUUACUUACGUGCAAAUCUGUGUGGUGACAACAAAGCUUUGUUUUUGCGGCGUUGAACUUUAUUCUCGUAGCUAAUGCACUACACUCAAACCUCAUUAUAACAAAGUCGCAUAUGCAACGAAAAUAACUUCGUUAUAUCCGAAAAUUCGUUAUAAACGUGUAUUUUUAACAUUGCAUCUAUGACAAGACUAUUCUUCAUUUACUUCGUUAUAACCGAUAAUUCGUUAUAUCCGAGUUCGUUAUAUCGAGGUUUGAGUGUAUAUCUGUCUUCAUCUUGUUUUUUAUUUUUGUUCAUACUUACUCCUAUAUAUGCUCUUGUAAUGCACAUGUCACUUUUGUUGUGGCAAAGAGAGCAAACAACAGAUAUCAACUGCGAUAUAAACUCACUGGUUUAUAAGGAAGCACAAUAUAUGCCAGUUGGAUUUUUGCACCAAUGAGAGUUUGAUUUUAUUCGUAAUAUCUUUUAUUCUUUUUAUUGCUUUUGGAAGUGUAUCACAAUACUGUGUAUUCAUUACUGAUGUGCAAGUCUGUGUGGUGACAGUGUAACUUUGUUUUUUUGCGGCGUUUAACUCAAUUCUCAUAGCUAAUGCGUUAUAUCUGUAUUCACCUUGUUUUUAUUUUUGUUCAUACCUAUUCCUACAUGCUUUCAUAAUAUCACAUGCCAUUUUUGUUGGGCCAAGGAGAGUCAGCAAUAAAUAUCAAGCUGUGAUAUCAACACCGGUUUACAA